AUGUCUGCCGCUUUGCCGCCGAUGAUGCCGCCUCAGUCUUUGACUGCAGGUACUUUAAAGAUGGAAAAAUAGAAAAAUGAGGAUGGAUUUACUAGAGAUCAACAAAUACGUUGUUUUUAUUUCCACCGAAACGACGACGUCGAAUUUUUUUGAAGUCUAAAAAAUCUAAAUCACCUUCGUCAUCACCUCCCGUAAGAUCAAAUAAGUUGUUGUUUCCGAAACGACGACGUCGACUAGUUUUGAAAUCUAAAAAAUCUAAAUCACCUUCGCCAUCUCCUCCCCAACUCCAACAGGCAUGCCAGACCCGUCCACCAUUGCAAAGCAGAAGGACGCUUACAUGAAGAUGCUCGAUGAGCAGGUGAAGCAGGGAACUCAAGUCCUCGAGGCACAGGUCAAGCACCAAAAGGAAUACCUUCUCGGACAGGCUGACCAACAGAAGAAGCAGUUCAUCAUGCAGAUUGGUACGGACUUUUCAGCUCGGAUGAAGAAAAGGCUUGCAUGCGAUUUAGAUGAUAGUGAUGGAACAAUGCUGAAAAUGGAAAUUUAGAUUUUUCUCUGGAUUUGUGCAAACACACAAUGCUGAAAAUGGAAAUUUAGAUUUUUUCUUUGGAUUUGUGCAAACACAACAACAUGAUGAAAAAUCCAUACCAUCUUCAUCCAGAUAUGGAAGUCAAGCAGCAGGAGAUGGCUUUGGACCAACAGCGCAUGGAGCAGCUUAUGGCCUUGCAGCAACAGGCUGCUCAACAGAAGGCUGCUCUCGAACAGCAGGCUAUGCAGCUCACCAUGGAAUAUCAGCAGAAGAAAGCCGAAGAGGAGAUGCAGAAGCAGCAGUUCGAGGUACUGACAACUAAAAACGUGCUUAUUUAGAUUUUUUAGAUCUGACUUUUACAGGUGCAAAUGCAUCUACGAUUCUUUACUUUAUUACAGUGUUUCAGAUCACAACAUAUGUGUCUAUUGAGGUGUGCCUUUGCCGGACUGAUUUAGAUUCUUUAGAUUGCUUCUCCUAGGAGAUUUGGUAUACAGAGCACCGCUGUAGAUGCGAUUUCUUGAUUUUGUUUAAGUAGAAUUCCGAUAAUCUUCUUCGACAUGAGGAUUUCAUCUUUAUCCAUCUCCUGCCAUACAUCAUCUGUCGGAUCCACUCCAAAUGACAGAUGGAGAAGAAGCAGCAAGAGAUGCAGAUGAAGAUGCAAGAGGAGAUGGCUAAGUUCCAGGGAGCCGGUCAGCUCUUCACCACCCCCGCUCUCGGUACGGCUAUGCCCGGUGCCGGGCAGACCUACACCUACGGACCCAACGGUGAGUUGGUCCCGAAGUAAGGAGUUGAGGUUGACCCGGCGAUAGAGGAAACAGUCGUAGUUUCAAUAGAGUGUCUGGACCUCGUACUGAGAGGAGAGAGUACCACAACAAGCUGUAAGACCGUUCACCUACAGGAAGACUGAACAAGAUACAUUAUUUUUUGUGUAUAACGACGUGAGUCGGUUGAGUGUUGGUUUCCCAGUGGGGUCAGCUUUUUUCCAUAGGAACCAGUAUCUCUGACAGUUGAUAGAAGAAUAGAAGAGUCCUGAACGGCUUGCUUAUCCCGUUUCGAUUAUACCUGUGUAGAGUGUCGAUAUUAUACUUACGACGAUAUUACUUGCUAAUGAACAAAACAAGUUAUCUUGUAAAAUUAGUCUCGUUUUUUUUAUCUCGAGGUCUUCGUUUCACAGAUGGGAGGGUUGAACCAGAAACACAUCGGCAGACAAGAUAUAGCCCUUAAUACAGGUCAAUUUUGAUGUAGAAAAAUGAUGAGGUAUAGCAGGAUCGCACUUCUUGGAGAUCUAGGAGAGGUCUCGUCCUCAACAUUCUGCGUGGACGGUAAGACCACUGUCCUUCACAGGAGAGUGGCGCAAACAGUCUCAUCUCUAUGAAUCAAACGAAAUACGUAAAGAGAAACAAAAGGAAAAUAAGACAGACAAUACUUGCUCUGCACUGUCGCUCGCACUGCGUGGACACUAGAGGGCAAGGUGCAAUCGCGUGAUUGCUCGAACAUGAAAAUAUAGAACGCAUCUGAUUCUUUUCUAGAUCUAAUUCUGAGUGGAGGGUAGCC